AUGCAGAAAAAAGAAAAAGAAGAUGAAGGACAACAAAGAGAAGCAGAGGAAGCAGAAGACCAAGGAAAAUGCAUUGCAAUUCAAGACCUCUUGGUGAAGUCCAUGACAGACCAAAUCAACUAUCACCAACGUCAAGAUCCUAGCUUCAUUUGCCCAGAAAGAUUACAACUGUGGAAGGAUGAAAAAAAUGAAGAUAGUGAGAAGAAAAUGAAGGAAUUGUGGGAUAUAUUUAUCCAGGGAGAAAAGAGAUCAAAGGAGCUGGAAGAGAAAUUAGAUAAUGAAGAAUAUGUGACUGCCACCAUGACAGUGGAAUCUACAGUUCAGCUUCAGGAAAUAGAAAAUCUAAAAAGGAGGAUUGCAGAAUUGGAAGGCAAGGAAACUCGGAUUGACAUGGAGAAGAUUGCCAAGAAAAAGGAGAUUGAAGAAGAAGAAGAGAAAGAAGAAGACAAGAAAGAAGAAGAGAAGCAACAAGAAGAGAAAGAAGAAGAGAAGAAGCAAGACGCUCCAACACCUGAUGUUCCUUCAAGAGUAAUAAGGCUGAAGAAUAGAGAAAGAAAGAGGCUUCAAGCAUCUUGCUAUGUGUACGAAAAAAAUAAGAAACCAAAAAAGAAGGCAAAAAAGGAUGAUGAAGAACUACCACAAUUCAAGAUUAUCUCUUCCGAGGAGCAAUCAACACAAGAGGAUCCUCAAAAUCAGAAGGUGUUAACACAAGAGGCAUCUCAGCCCGAUGCCACAAAUCCAAUUCCUGAUCCCCCAAAAGGAACGAGCCUUCAUGAUUCAAUACUUGUAGGUAUGCAAGAAUCAAAUGAUGAAGAUGAAGGACAAAAAAAGCCAACAAAGAAAAAACUAGGAUGGGGUCAAAAGAAGGUUUGGCAGAAAAUUCCAAAGGAGGACAGGGACAGAAUUGAAGAAUACUACUUAAGUACUCAACCUAGUGAUAACUUUUGGGCAGGACUCGAUAGUGAGAAAGUGACAAACCAUGAUAUCAAAGAUAUUGUAUGGGACCUGGAACUGUCACAAAACGUUAUUGAGGCCUAUAUCCAAAUAGAGGAGGAGAAAAUAGGGCCCAUGCAGACAGAUAGUCCACAGUACAUGUCUACAUGGACUUGGGCUUACAUGCAAACCUUUCUAGAACCAAAUUGGCAUAGGGCCCUGUAUGAACACUUACUUGAAAAACUCGGGAAAUGCAAUGUUCUCUUCUUCCCGAUCAUUUCAAGUUCUGAGUUCCACUUUACACUUCUCACAUUUCACAAAAUUGAACGAAAGUGGAGACACUACAAUCCACUUAGAUCGUUGGGAUCUAGAAAAGAAGAAAAGUGUAUUGACAUUGCUCAAAAUUUUGGUACAGAUUCAAUUGAAGGCCUUGUCCUCGACAUGCACAUGCGCCCUAGAAACAGUCACAUAAACUCAACGGAGAUAGUCUUGGGAACCAAUGCAUUUACAAGGAUGCAUGAACUAAAACUACUCCAUCUUAGUCAUGUACAACUCGACGGAUCUUAUGCAGAAUUUUGUACAGGAUUAAGAUGGUUGUGUUGGAAUAAGUUUCCUUUGGAUUCUAUACCCACAGAUUUUCCUUUCGGGAGCCUGAUUGUUCUUGAAAUGCAAUAUAGCGGCUUGAAGCAAGUCUUCAAAGAAACAAAAAUCCUUGAUCUCAGCCAUUCUCAUUCACUUACAGAAACCACCGACUUCUCAUUUUGCCCAAAUCUAGAGAAAUUGAUUCUUGUAGAUUGUGAAGGCCUGGUUGAUGUCAAUGGAUCCAUUGGGAAUCUUGAGAGACUUGUGUACUUGAGUAUGAAGGAUUGCAAAAAUCUUAGGAUGCUUCCAGAGAAAGUGUUUAUGCUAAAAUCACUUGAAACACUUAUUAUAUCUGGUUGCACAAAUCUUAAUGAGUUAUCAAUUGAGAUGUUAAGGAACAUGGAAUCUCUGAAAGUUCUUGAGAUAGAUGAAAUGCCAAUAACACAAUUAUGGCGAGGAAGAAGUUCAUGUAUCUGGAGUUCUUUACCAUGCUCUUUAGUAAAUUUAAGUGUUUGGGGGUGCAAUCUUUCGGAUGAUACUUUUCCUAGGGAUUUUAGUAAUCUAUCUUCAUUGCGAAGACUAAACGUAGGGAAUAAUCCAAUUUGUCGCCUGCCAAAUUGCAUCCAAGGUUUAACAAGGCUCGAUGAGCUCUCUUUUUCCAAGUGUACGAGACUCAAAUCCCUUGUGGGUUUACCAAAACCACAUGACUUGCGUAUCGAUGGUUGCGUAUCAUUGGAAAAAAUAACAUAUCAGUACUUUCGAGGAAUAUCGGGUACUACCCAUUUGGGUGACAACCGCAACCUAGUUGAGUGGGAGAAUAGGUUCAAGGUAGAACCCAUUGGAAGAGUUGAUGUAGAUAUGAUCAACCUCUUGGGCUUGUGCAACUUGGAAUCCAUGGCACCCAUUCGGAUUCGAAAGCCAUUCUGUAGUGCAAUAGUGGUUCAUCGAAGUCCUGUCAUGGGACUGUACGAACGUGGUAUGUUCAGCACAUUUUUUGCUGGGAAUGAGGUUCCGGGCCGAUUCAGCCAUAAAAGUAGAAGAUCCUCAAUAUCUUUUACUGUGACUUUACCUGAUAAACACAGAAUUCAAGCCUUGGUCGUCUUCGCUGUCUAUGCGAGUUCUGGCUCUGAUUUUCCUCGCAAUCGGUUGACUGGUUUUGAUGGGGAUAUGAUGGCGAGAGUCAGAAAUAAGAGCAAGGAUCUGAAGUGGUACUAUAGCCCAACACACUACGGUAUUCCAGGUGAAGGAGAAGACAUGAUAUGGUUAAGCCACUGGAAGUUUCAGGAUGAUCACUUAGAAGGUGGCGAUCGAGUGGGUGUUUCAGUUGUUACGCAACCUUGCUUUCGAGUAAAGGAGUUAGGCAUCCAGAUUGUGCAAGAACAAGAAGAGAAUCAUAAUACUAUGAUGAGUACCCAACACAAAACCUUCCAACUUCGUGCACGUGUUCCUUGGCGAAAUUUCUCAAGAGACUACUUGUUCAAUGAUGAGGACUCUGAUGAAGAUACAGCAGACAAAGAAGAAGAGCAAAACGAUCUUCAUACAAUUGUAGCCAAUAACUCCUGUGGUCCUCAUGGCUGGAAGGUGCUCAUCACCGCCGCUUGCUUCAUUCUCAUGCUCCCUCUUAUCACUCUCUCUCACAGAAAGAAGCCAGUUUACCAAAGACGUGGAUGA